CAGACAGUUUCAUUUUGGCACUUAGAGAGAUCUUACAGUGACAGGGAGUGAUGGAAGUGCAGGUGGCAACGUUGCUUUGAAUGAGGAAGAUAAGAAUGAUGAUGAUGAUGAUGAUGAUAAUGAUGAUAAUGAUGAUGAUGAUGAUGAUGAUGAUGAUGGGUUGACUGAGAGGUCCCCACAUCUGCACCAUGGAAUCCACUACAGUUCUUCACUUUGAGCCUUCUGAAGUUCCUCCUUCAGGUAUGUCCAAGAAUGGAUACCUUUUCCAAGAGAUGGCGUUACAGGAGGGCGACCCAGACCACGUCUGUGAGAGCCGAGAGGAGGGUCCAGAAACACCCAUUGCCACGGAGGACAACGUUCGCUUCUUCAUCAACGUCGAAGCCAAACAAGGGGGCCCUGAUACUGAUGAUGCAGGUUGCGUGUUACUGCAUACAUCAAAAAAGUAUGUGAAGCUCAUGAACUUCGAGGAGGAGAUCCGUGCUCAUCGCGACCUAGACGGCUUCCUGGCCCGCGCCAGUAUCCUCCUGGAUGAGACGGCCGCCUCGCUGGAUGAUAUGCUCAGGGAGAUGCUGCAGCACGUGGCCCAGGACAGCAACGAACCCGACUGUAACUUCGACAGCGUCAUGAGCAUGCUGUUCACAGACUCAGGGAGGCCACAGGAGGGCAAUGUUCACCUCCUGUCGGAAACCAUUCAAGGCGUGACAGCUACAGCCACAGGGAUUCAGUACCAGCAGUCCUGGCUCUGCAUCAUCUGCAACGCCAAGAACCUUGCGAGGCGACACGUCUGCAUCUCCCGGCUUGAGAGGCCUCAGAACUGGGGGGAGAACUGCUGUGAAGUUAGAUACGUCAUACUGGUCCUGGCGCCACACAAAAUGAAAAGCACCAAGACUGCCAUAGAGCUCGCCCGCACGUUCGCCACCAUGUUCUCUGACAUCACCUUCCGGCAGAAACUGCUGGAGACCAAAACUGAUGAGGAAUUCAAAGAGGCUCUGGUCAACAAGAGGCACCAGCUCACAGCCACUCACCAGGAUCCUGCCACCAAGACCGAGGGCACAGACCCACACAGUGACAAGCCCCUCAGGUGCCAAGACUUCCUAAGGGCUGGGAGAGGGAUUUACGAUGAUCUUUGUCGCCGACUGCCUCUUUACCCUUCAGAUUUCACAGACGGAAUUAUUGGGAACAACAAGACAAUCGUGAAGUACAUCACAACAGCCAUCUUCCUCUACAUUGCCAUCCUUCUUCCAGCAAUAGCCUUCGGUUCACUGAACGACGAGAGCACACGGGGAGAAAUUGACGUGCAGAAGACAAUCAUUGGGCAAGGCAUUGGUGGAAUUAUCUACUCCCUAUUUGCUGGCUCACCAUUGGUUAUUCCCUUAACGACAGCUCCUCUAGCUCUGUUUAUCACUGUGAUCCGAGGAAUCUGUGAUGACUACGAUAUAAACUUCCCAGCUUUCUAUGCUUGCAUCGGUCUGUGGAACAGUUUCUUUCUUAUUCUUGGGGCUGUUUUCAAUGUGAGCCUGGUGAUGAAGCUCUUCAAACGGUCCACAGAAGAAGUAAUUGCACUUUUUAUUUCCAUUGCAUUCGUGAGGGAUGCAGUCAAAGGGACUGUUAAAAUUUUCCACAAGUAUUACCACAAUCCGCAGUUUGAGAAUGGCACCGGGGAUCACAUAACAAAAGUGACACGCUUCUCUGGGUACAGCGGUAAUACCUCUUCUGGGAUCCUGGACACAGCCCUGUGCGGACGGGAGAGCGCUGUCCUCAGUCUGCUGCUCAUGCUGGGGACCUUGUGGCUUGGAUACACACUCUACCAAUUCAAGAGAAGCCCCUUCCUCCACGCCAAAGUGCGAGAAAUCCUGUCAGACUGUGCUCUGCCCAUCUCCGUCCUGAUGUGCUCUUUCGUGGGAUCCUACCUGUUCUUAGAUAUACACCUUCCAAUCUUCACUUUCCAUACGGGUAGUAUGUUCAGCGUGGCUCCGUUCCGCCUGCUCUCCCCAAUGAACGUUGUGAGUGCCAUGGGACUGGGAUUCCUGCUGGCGGUGCUCAUCUUCAUUGACCAGAACAUCGUGAUGUCACUCACCAAUGCGCCAGAGAACAGGCUGCUGAAGGGCACGGCCUAUCACUGGGAUCUGAUGUUGUCAGGGCUCAUCAAUGUUCUGAUGUCAGUCUUGGGGUUGCCAUGGAUGCACGCCGCCUUCCCACACUCCACUCUGCACGUGCGCCAGCUGGCUUUCGUGGAACAGCGAGUGGAGAAUGGACACCUGUAUGAGACGAUCGUCAGUGUGAAGGAGACCCGACUGACCUCACUGGCUGCCAACAUCCUGCUGGGCGUGUCUGUGUUCCUGCUCCCUGUGCCCCUGCAGUGGAUUCCCAAACCUGUCCUGUAUGGCCUCUUUCUCUACAUCGCCCUCACCUCCAUCGACGGCAACCAGCUUUGCGACCGGAUGGCGCUUCUCCUCAAAGAGCAGACCUCCUACCCCCCUACCCACUAUAUUCGGAAAGUGCCCCAGAGAAAGAUUCACUAUUUCACCGGGCUUCAGAUGCUGCAGCUGCUCGUCCUGUGCACCUUCGGGAUGUACCCCCUGCCCUACAUGAAGAUGAUUUUCCCUCUCACCAUGAUCAUACUGAUUCCAGUCAGGUUGUGUGGACUCUAUGGAGUUCAUGAAGUUGCCCUGCCAAAACAUAUAUGGAUUAUAAAUAGGUACACAGGAACUACCUGCUCCCCAAGAUUAUCGAAGCCAAGUACUUGGAUAUAAUAGACGCACAACACAUGUGAGGACUGCUGGACGAUUACAGAAAUUGGACUUCAGCUGAAACUCCAAUAGAACACGACUUUUACAAGUGUAAUAAAAAGAAGGGCUUUUACAUAGAAUGUUUUCUAUUAGUAACGGAUGGAAUUCACUUUUGUAGUUUUCAUGAAAAUUAAGCUCUUGGACUGACGACCAGUCAUUCCAAUGACUGUGGAUCAGGCUUCUGCAGUAAUAGCCUGGGAAAUGUUUUCUAUGUCAUUCCAUUUUGUUUACUUUUAAUCUCUGAAAGUCUAUACACAUAUUUUUACGAUUGCUAUAUUACACACCCCCCCCCCC